AUGAGAAUCUUUAAUGGAUCAAUUUAUAUUUCUCCUAGAGGAAAUAUGGAUAAUAAUGAUGUAAAUGCUAAAGGUUGUAGAAUAUACUCUUUUGAAGAAGAACAGACAAAAAAGGAAAAAAGGACUAACUUAUUAUUAAAUUCAUUAUUUUCUAGGAAAGCUAUGAUACCUUUACUUGGAAUUUUAUAUGUGAUUUUAUUGAAUGUACUUGUUUCUAAUAACAAUGACAAUAGGGCAGUUCCAUUUAGCAAUAUCUGUUCAAGAAACUUAUGCGAAAAAAAACCACUAAAUGUUGACAUGAAAUACGUAAAAUCAAAAUGUUGUGAUUCUAUAAGUGAAUCAAAUAUGGUUGAUCGAUUAAAGGUACAAAUGCUUUUGAAGAACGCUUUUGAAACUGAAGAUGGAAAUGUAUUUGAACAGAACCAUGAUGUAUUUAAGGAUUUAUUAAGUGAUGACAUGUGGACAAGAUUCCAUUUAAAUUUACAUGAUAAAUGUGAUAUUAAGAAUGGAAAACACGAAAUGGAUAAUAUUAUGAAUAAAGAACUAUUUAAAUUAUGUGAACUUGAUGACAAUAGAGAAAAAAUGAUGAAUUUUUGGAAAGAAACUUUUGAAAAUGAAAAAAAGAAAUACAAUCAAAUCAUUUAUGACUUAUAUAUGUAUCUUGAAUUCCUAAGAAGAAAAAAUAAAGUACCACAUGAGUAUGCAGGCAAGCAAUGGGAUGAUUGUAUAAAAAAAGUAAAGGAAACUGAAGACAAUGCUAAAGUUUUAUUAGAAGAUAUAUUUAAUUUUUGGCUUGAAAACGAACAUUUAGACAAGAACGAAUUUAUAACCUUAAUAUCUGCAUGCAGAUUAUUAUGGAGAAAAUUAGCUGAUGAUAUGACAAAAGCUUGUAAAGUUUAUAUGGGUAAACCUUUUAAGGAUGUAUAUAAUGAAAAAAAAAAAAUAGUAAAUAGAGGUAUAGAUUUAUCAAACGUUAAUUAUGAUGAUCAUUUUAAAAAUGGAAAAUUUUUAAAAAACUAUUCUACGCAUGAAAAUACCUACCCAACUUUGAAAACAUUGUUAGAAAAAUAUGCUAUAACCGAUGAUUAUUCACCACCAGAUGUAUUUGGUAAAUCAUACCCUCCUUUAGUUGAAGAAAUGUCAACUUUUCAAAGUAGUUCAAUAGAAACCAACGACGAAGAAAACGAAAGUAUUGAUAAUAAUGAAGAAAAUAUGUCUGACAGACCAAACAGUUUAUCUCAUGAUAAGGAUCAACACCUCGAUGAAACACAUAAUGAACAAUAUGGAUUAUACGUAAAAGAAAUGGAAUCUAAAGUUGAAAAAUUAGCUGAAAAUCAAGUUGAAAAGGAAUUUCAAGAGGUAAAUGAAAGAUUUAGUGAGGUUGCAAAACGAUUUAAAUUAACCGAGAAAACUGUCAACUUUUAUGAGCUAGGUAAUGAUUCACAAGACGAUUCUGAUGAGCAAGAAGAUGAAAAUGGUGAAGAUAAUGACGAUGAAGAACAUAAUGAUGAAGUCUCUAACAAUCAAUAA